CGGGAAGUCUUCUUCGGAGGGCGGCGCUUCAUGGACUGAAAUGAGGUCUUGCCGCAUGUUGAUCUGCUAUUUGGCUUGGGGGAGCAUGGGCGGCGAAUGAGCGCUCAGAGAGCGCCAGGCUUCGCGUAUUCUCCACCUUCACUGCGCGCCUCCCUCUGACCAGCUGGCGCUCAUACCGAUCCUGUCCUCGCGUUCCCCUCCUGCUUCUCAGUAUGUCAGGCAUGUCAGGACCAUCGCGAGACAGCUAUUCCAUGUCUGGACACUCCUCCGACGCCAGCCGAUCGUCUCUCCCAUCGGCUCGUCCUGCUCGUCGCCGCAGACCCUCCUCGUCGGCGCCGCCUCCGAUCGUCAUCCCCAUCCUCGAUGUCGGCGAAAACGAGCUGACAGAAAGUCCGAAAGGGAUGUACAAUCGGGACUCGUUUUCGUCAGAUAACGGCAGGCAUCCCGGCAAGCGCGCGUCUCUGGCCAGCCAGCGCUCGCGGAGCUGUUCCCCCGCACCGACAGCCUCGAGCGCGUCUACUGCGACUUCCAAGACCUUGUCUUUCCAGAGCCACCUUGUUGGGGGUGGCCCCAUCGCCCACCACAAUCCCGAUGUAGUGCGCUCAAAUACGGAGCAUUCAGAGGAGGACGAGAAGCCUUUCGCAUUGCGGCCAUUCCUUCCUGAGGGAGUUGAUCCAAAGUCUGAAGAGCCACAGUUCACUGUGAAUCGAGCGAACGGCGAAGACUACGAGGUAGAAGCCUGUCAGUGCGACUUUGAGCCAUCAGACAAUCCGCCUCCGGGCUGGACGCGGCUUACCCACCCCGAUGGUCGACCUUUCUUCUGGCAUCAGAAGAACCGGGCGCUUACGGCGGAGUGGAUGCCCGAUGGUGCUGUAGCCAAAUGCGUCGAUACCGUCGUUGAAUUUAUCCUCGAUGAGUACGAAUACCGUCACGGCAACCGCGAACUAGGGGAUCGUCAAAUCGUCGUUGGAUUGGAAGCUCUGCCGCUGCUCGGACCUGAUCAAUACGCCGCGUUAUAUUACCUCGUCGAUCCCGAGAAAGAAUGCGUCUUCUGGCUAGAGAAAUAUUCGAUUUCGUGGGAGAUAUCGCAGGAGACGGAAGCCCAACUCGAGUCGCAGUUGAUAGGGCUCUUCUUGCGGUACCAAUUCUAUAAGCAUUGGGAUAACUUUCCGAACGUGCAGAAGACUUCUCCGGAGCGAAUACUCCAAUGGCAGAAGCUCCUUGACGACGCGCGGGCGGAUGCCUUUUUCUCUACCACGUCGACAGUCAACUACAAUGUGAAGGAACUGACGAGCCUUAUUGAGAUGGUCGAUUCGAUGCUCUCGCGUGCAAAGACCGCGAAGAAACUGGGCGUACGACUCGAAGGCGAAUGGCUGCCUGGACGAAUGUUACAAAACAUCUAUCACGACCAAUUCAUGAACUUAUACAGUCAACGGGGCGCCCGUUCGGAUCGCCAACAGUCGAUCUUCAACGAAUCGCCCACCGAUGUCCCCCAGUCGUGGUUCAUCAAGAUCUGCGGGUUCUUCCUGUUCUGGGCGCCCCAGCACCAUCUCACGGGCCUAAACCGCAUGUGGGUUGACCGAAUGCUGGCGAAGGAACCUUGGAGAAAUCUCGUGAAUACGCUCCUAAGGGAGUGGGAAGGACAUCGGGUUGUGGCGACCAUUCUUCUCGCAGCGAACGUGUCCUUUCUGGGCGUCAACGACUUGCCGGAGGGAAUCGUCCAGAUCGCCUGCUUUCUGUCCGCGAUCAGCUCGUCUACGUCGUUCGUCCUGAUCACCGCGCUGGAGGGUCGUAUCCGGCAGAUGGAGAGGCAUGAUAUUCUUCGAGCACAAGCGUGGCUCAAACUUCUUAACAACGAGAACAUUGGUCUCGAAAUUCUGGCCGUGCUGCUCGGCCUACCAUACGGAUUGACCAUCUGGUCCGUGAUCUUCUUCACCGUCUCCUUCAUGGCCUUCUGCAUGCACGAUGUCAAGUCCACGACCGCGCUCAUCGUCAGCGUGUACUUCGCCUGGCACCUCAUCGUCCUCCUCUGGUCGCUUUGGAUAUCGCAGGAGGAUCGCAAGACCAUACACGACCAUAGGCGGAUUCCUAAGGUCGUCGUGAAGAAGGCGGGCAAGGGCGCGAAGUCUGCCGGGAAGGCUGUUGGGAAGCCGAUAAAGAAGAUGACCAGGAGCCUGACUAUCCAGGUCGCGAAGAAGUCGACGAGAUGGUCGGACUCGGACAAGACGGCGGUGGACUCGCGCGGCUCGGUCACCUCUUUCGGGAUGGGCGCUAUGAGGAGCAGCCCCGACGCGAUGGUAUGAUGACGGGGAAGAGAUGUAACACUGUAUUCCGUCGUUGGCUUGGGCAUGUACUCUAUCGUCUUGAACAACGUAUGUAUGUAAGUACCAGUAGGUAUUGUAUGUAAACGUGACAUAUCUGUGUCUAAUCAAAGUAUGUAAAUACUGCUUUCACUACGUGCAGUCGACUACUUAUGCGAUCGUCGAUUUUCGACGCUGACCCAA